GUAUGGGCCGUUUUUACUAAAUUACGAAAGAUAUCUGAGAAUGGCCAUGACGAAGACACGAAGUCAAAUUCAAGCCUUGGUUGCAGCCUUACUUAAAGAUGGAUACGAAGCUCUUGUUCUGGCAACCAAUCUGGAGGAAACCACAUUCCUAUACGAGGGCAGCCAACGAGGACGGGAAUUUUUUAAGGAAACUCCUCAGCUGCUCAAGUUUACUGACUUCUGCAAAGGUUUUGAUGAGCGUUUGAACAAAACAGGAGCGAAUGUUUGUGAAGAUGAUACUGCACAGCACGUCGAAGAAGAUACAAGAAAGACCAUUGAUGUUCAGCCGUUUAAACAGAAUAGUGGAGAUACAAUAAAAGAAGAGGUUAUAAGUAAUCCGAAUGCAAAUGAUGUAGAUGUCGAAGAACAGUUGUCUGAAGACACAUGGAAUGAAAACAACGUUAAUGAUAAACCAGACUUCAUUGAAGUCAAGGUUGAACCAGAGGCUGUGCUUUAUUUUGAUAACAAUACAAGUGACGUAGACUUUGAGAACUUUAUCAAUGGAGACUAUUCUUCAGUUGAAGCUGUUAAUUGCAAAGUUUUGCCUGAGCAUAAUCUAAAUGCAAAAAGCACUGAAAACAGUACCAUGGUUAUGGAUAAGAAUACAAAUGAGUGUACGAAUAUUUUAACAGAAGAAGCUACUCCGGUCAAAUGUUUUGUUUCUUCUUCAAAAGACUUAGACAGUACGAAUUCAAAAAGAAGCAGUGGAAGAAAAAGGAAGUCCAGCAGACGUUAUGAUCAAGAAGUAGACCUCACUUCGGAUCGUAGAAGGUCAGAGCUGCGUUCUUUCUUGAUCAAUACUGGAGCAAGAAGUACAGGUACAAAGCGGAAAUGUGAUACGAAGACUAUUGAAGUGAAAUUCAAUGCAAUACUGGAAGUAGAGAAAGGUGUUAAGACCAAAACCCAAAUAGCUCGUGAGCUGAACAUCAAUGGCAGUACCUUGUCUACCUGGCUGAAGAACACGGCGGCUAUAAAGGAAGGAUUUAGAAACUUUGAUCCAAAACGGAAGAAAAUGAGAUCCGGGAAAUGGGAGGAGCUUGAAGCAGAGUUGAUUAGUUGGCUCGCUAAUACAGAUGACAAGACUGUUAAUGGCAAUGUGCUCAAAAUGAAAGCUGUUCAAUUGGCGGAUGAGAAGGGCAUCAGUGAUUUUACUGCAUCUCCAGGAUGGUUCGACAGGUUUAAAGACCGCAAUAGCUUUCGCUUCAGCGUGGAACGACGAAACGCCGAGAGAGUUGCGAAGAAGAGAAAAACAGAUGAUGACUAAACCAAACUUUAUAAAGACUGCUGUAUUUGAUACCUUCAACUAUGAUGUGACUUUUCUGUGUACUGCUGAAACUGUUACGAUCGGAAUAAAGCAAAGGAUAAGCGUCUUACCCACACGAUAAUACUUUAAAUGGUACAAUAAGCCACAAAUGCCAAAGUUAUGUAAAGGUUUAAGAAAACAAAAUAUUUUAUUGUUUAUUUUUAAUGUCUUUUAAACGCACACAGAACUAAACAGUGUCAAUAAAUAUUGAUCAACUGCGGCUUUAGUAUACCAAACUUGAUGCUUGUGAUCAUACAGCUUAUAUGUUUGAUUAGUUUAUGUAAGUCCAAUGGUUCAAGCCGUGAUAUCAUUGUGCUCUGUUCUAUAAUCAUUCCUGACAUGGGAAGUGCCCAUGGACAUUAACAUUAUUUUUAUAUUUGUGUUCAUAUGAAUUUAUACAUGUAUAACGGGCAGAUUAUGAUCACAUUUUACUUUUA